UAGACUCCCAAAACCCCUUUCAGCUUUAGAUAUGUGACUGGUUCUAUAAUACUUGUCUGGAUCUGUGAUUUGAGCUUAUAGAGAAUUCCAGAUGAAAAAAUUGCUUUUACCUGUGCAAUUGUGCUGCCUUCUCUACUUGAUAGUAGUGUAAGAAAGGGGAAAAUCUUAAGCUUUGAAAACAAAGUUCUGAAUACAACCAGCUCCAGUUUAUUCAUAGGUGUAUUAUCCAAGCCCCUUAGUGUUUCUUUACUGGCUUUUUAACUGUUCCAUUAAAGGAUGGCCUUUAGGAACCCAGGAUUGUCUUCAUAUUGUGCAGAGUUACUAGAAGAGAAUGCAACAACAACAACAACAACAAAAAAAAAAACAGUCAUUUUACAAGUAUAUCAGUAUUAUUGUCAGGUAAUAAAUCAUCUUUAAUCAAGAUGUCUUCAGCACCUGAACCCCCAACCUUUAAAAAUGAACCAUUCAAAGAGAAAGACUCUCGAAUUCCAGGGCUCAGGGGGGCCCGCACAACCACCUUAUUUCGAGCUGUGAAUCCAGAACUUUUCAUUAAACCUAACAAACCUGUUAUGGCUUUUGGACUGAUAACACUUACACUUUGUGUGGCUUACAUUGGUUACCUACAUGCAACUCAAGAGAAUAAAAAGGACCUCUAUGAAGCUAUUGACAGUGGGGGAGCCAGAUAUAUGAGGAGAAAAACAUCAAAAUGGGAUUAAGAGUGCUGAUUAUUAGAGACAGCUGUAUUAAGGGCUCUGCGAUCUUCAGAUGAAAGACUGUAUUAUACCAGGUAUCAUGUUUAUUAUCCUGCAUUAUGUUAAUAUGGAAAGAAUGUAAACAGUUUGGUAUUAAAUUCUGCCUUUCACAGCUGCAGCUUCUUCCCUUUAUACAUACGUAAAAAGGUUCAAUUUUUUCCUCCUAGCAAAGUCUCUUGCAAAGUUCUAUAAGAAUGCUAAUCAUCUCCAUUGAACUGUGUAAUAAAAGUAAAGUAAAAGUG